AAAACGAACGUAAUUUUUUAAAUUCUAAUUGGUUUUAUUCUAUAUAUUUUAGCUUUUAUUUAGAAAAUUAUCAGAGAAAUUAAAAGCUUAGGUUGUCGGGGUUGAAAUCGCAUACACUAACAAGAACGUUUAUGUAACGAUAUCUUUUGGAUGCAAUUUGUGCUUAUAUUUUUGUUGGAGCAUAAGGUGUAAUAAUUCUCAACAACUCAAGGUCAGAAAGUACAAAAUAUGGAGUAUAGCCAAAACAUCAUUCCGUAAGUAGAUUUCGUUUGGUGCGGGUCGAUGGAUCCUCGCCUAAUUGACAUUUUCCCCAAUAUCAAUAGUGUGGACGUAUUACGGUUUUAUGGUAGGCUUGAAAUGGAAGUAAAUAAACCAGCGCUCGAUUUACCAAAUCUCCCGACCACAGAUGGGAUCGCUUUUGGGAAUUCUGCUCAAACUAAGCAGAAAAUAUUUCCAGAUACUUCAAUAUCUCCUGACAAAACAAUAGUCCCCGAUACUAACUCACGGAAUGUUCAUAUUCCUUACAUACUCAACGGGGAGCUGUUUGAGAUACAGACUCAAGACGGUGAAAAUGUAACUGUGAAAUGCUGCAAUUGUCCACCAGAUCGCGUAUAUCGUGGUAGCGUGCGAUCCACAGGCAAUUUUCAUAUGCAUAUAAAGAGGCGUCAUCCUGAUUUAAUGGGAAAAAUAUAUGAUAUGAAAGUUAACGCAUUGGUAGAAAGACGAGAUCGAUUUCUACGCAAUCGUAAGGCUACACGUCGUCGCAAUACCAACGUAAAUGGAAGCAAAUCAUCUGUGUCCCGGAAUGAACAGCGAUUGACAUACCCGGUGCAACCAACUUCAGAAUUAUUUAAAAUUAAAGCAGCGUUUCAACGGCAUCAACUACAGCAACAACAACAAAAUCGUAUUCAACAAAAUCAAAACCAGCAACAACAGAAAACCGAAAGAAACACAAGCAUCUUGCAUAAGUGGAAUGUGAUCGAUCACUUUCUGGUUACACCUGCUUUUGAGAGAGCACGUGAUAUAACACUAAUGGAAGCCUAUAAUGAGCAACCACUCAAUUAUAGUCUCAAGCAAAACACCGUUGUAAACAUGAGUUGUGCAGAGAGAAAUCAAGAGAUCGAUGCAAACGAUGCUGAUACAUCCGACAAUUUGAAUGCAAAUAACAUUUCAAGCACAAUAGACGCAAUUGAACAAGUAACGGAUUGUGAAGUAAUGUCUACGUACAACAAAACAAACAAUAGCGGUAUGAAUUGCAUGACAAUAAAUCAACGAACACAAAUAGGGAUGUCUCCAUUCGCUUUCAGCCAGCCUGAGGAGCACGUGCCACUUUAUGCAAACAAUAGCGAUCAGUCUUUACUUGGUCGCGCUACAACUUUAAGUGCCGUUACCCCAUGUCCAAGUGAUGUAAGCAGUUACGAUGCUGGUCAAGAUCUGAAUGGCAGGUCAUAUGAUUUGAACUACAAUCAUGUGGGUAGUAUGAUUAAGAAUGAACUACUGUUAGCCGAAAUUCAGCCAAUCGAUCUCUCUGUACAUCCCACAUCUUCUGGGUUGUUAGGUUGCUCUGGAUUCAGUUCCGGCGUAGACACACAAUAUUCAAAUGAUACUACACAUUUCAACACGUCUGGUGGGAAUACUAAAUCGGAUGAGAUUAUUUUACAACUAUCCUCCGCAUUACACAGUUUACAUCGUGAACUGCAAUCGUACAAUCGAACUAAGAACAAUUGGCUUUGCUUGGAAAUAGCAAAAUUUAAAUUUUUGCAUCCUGAAUUCGAAUUUCAAUAUUAGAAGAAUUGGACUUUUGGUAUAGUCUGGCAGGUCUAGAUACUAAUUUGGAAAUUAUUCACAAACAAAUAUUUAUCGUACUUGAUGUAUUGAAAAACAGAUCAUUUAGUAAGUACCAUUAAUUAUAUAUAUUAAGUUGAACUAUUAGUUUUAAGCAUUGACCCGAUAUUUAAUCAUUAAACUAAAUAAGCUUAUAGUUGCAAACAUUUUCACCUUUUAGUUCUGGAUUAAAAGUUUUAAGUUUAGAAUGAAGUUAUUUACGUUAUAAUCAGCAACUUGGUUGCGAGCUAUCUGUACAAUUACAUGGACUUAUAUUAUUUCAAUAUUUUGGUAAAUAAAUUAUCUUGAUCAAAAGUUAGAAGUUAAAACGGAUGUCAAUUUUAUACAUGCUGAAAAAUUAUUUGAAGAUAGUUAUGAUAAAAUUCUGAAUUUCUGCAUAGAAAUGGUGUAUUUUAUGUCCUUUUCCUUAUAUUAAUAAAAUGUAUCUAAAUAUCAUCUUUUCUAU